GCAGCUUUUAAUAACCAGGCAACAGUGUAGCAAAAGUUAAUGCAGAAGAGUGUUGAUAAAACUCUACCUGAUCUUAUUUUACGUUUAUUGAAAAUUCUUAAACAUUUCCUUACCAUCGAUACGUAUUAUGAAUGUAGAGAAGGACAGCUUCAAGCAUAACUUCAAUGUUCCGGUUGGCGUCUGAAUCGACUCUUAUUUCAGUAUCCCCUACAGAAUACCUAUGUUUUAAAAAGGGUCAAAUACUUUCAUCUAGAAAACAACUUCAAUUGCUGCUUCACGAUGGCUGUCCAAAGAGCAGUCCUAGGUGUUAUGGAUUACAUUGCAAUUAUUCUCAUGCUCUUGGUUUCAUCCGGAAUCGGUGCUUUCUAUAAUUUUUAUGGAAACAAGCAGAAAACAACAAAUGAGUACCUCUUGGCAGGAAGGAACAUGUCUAUCUUCCCUGUGGCGUUUUCUCUUAUGGCCUCAUUAUUAUCAUCCGUCACAAGCCUUGGAGUACCACCAGAUAUAUAUCGGUUUGGUACGCAUUAUGCUCUUUUUCCCCUUGGAUACGUGACGGGAAAUUUGUUAAGUUCAUACAUUUGUUUACCUGUGUUCUUUGAUAUUCAAGCACCAACAGCUUACGAAUACAUUGAAAGGAGGUUUGGAGUCUUUUCCAGAAAAGUUUGCUCUUUCUCUUUUGUUGUCCAAAUGAUCCUUUAUAUGUCUGUGGUGAUUUAUGCACCUGCUCUAGCUUUGAGUGCUGUGACAAAUCUUUCUACUUGGGUGUCUGUUAUUUCUAUUGGAAGUGUUUGCACGUUCUAUUGCACACUGGGUGGCAUGAAAGCAGUACUAUGGACAGAUCUUUUUCAAGGUCUACUGAUGUUUCUCGGAAUGAUUGCUGUUAUCGUGAAAGGUUGCACUGAUGAAGGUGGCAUUGCAGCUGUUUUCAGAACAGCGAAAGAAGGAGGACGGCUUGUCAUGCCCGAGAUAACAAUAGAUCCCGAAGAACGUUAUUCAGUCUGGAACGUUCUUCUUCAGGGUACAAUCAUCUGCAUGUCAACUGCCAGUGCAAAUCAAGUGCAAGUUCAGAGGCUACUAACUGUUAAAAAUCUCUCGCGAUCCCGGAUGGCUCUUCAUUUAAGCAUUCCAUUAUGUAUAGCAUUCGUCUGGUUGAACUGUUUCAUAGGAGUCAUUAUAUAUGCUUACUUUGCCGACUGCGAUCCAAUGACUUCUCCUUCCAAACCAAUAACGUCAUCAGAUCAGUUACUCCCAUACUUUAUUGUACUUACUUUGAGCAAGUAUCCUGGAGUAGCGGGUUUGUGCAUUUGUGGUAUUUUUAGCAGUGCGUUGAGUACUGUGUCGUCUGCAAUUAACUCCCUCACAGCUGUAACUACGGAAGAUUUAAUCAGACCAUACUUCAUUGCUUGGGGCUAUUCUGAAAUGAAGAUAGCUACCUCUGCCAAAGUUAUUACAUUAUUUUAUGGACUUCUAUGCGUUGCUCUCACAUUCCCAAUUUCUAAAAUUGGAAAUAUCGUCCAGAUGAGCCAUGUCAUUUUCGGAUUGUUUAACGCUCCAAUACUGGGAGUGUUUCUUCUGGGAAUGUUAACUCGACGAGCUAAUGAAAAGGGUGUUAUUUUAGGGCUGCUGAUCUCUCUUAUUCUCACUGGAUGGAUGAGUUUUGGAUCAAGUACCCAUGGACCUCCCCCCAAAACACUUCCAGUAUCAACAACAGGGUGCAGUUCCUUUGAAUCCUUGAAUUCAAGUUUGUUGAAUAUUACAGACACUGCUUUCCAUUUUUCGAGUGACUACAAAAAAAGCUUGACAUUGAAUGACGAUAACACAACGUUUUUUCCGACAAAUUCUCCACCAAAAUACUUUUACUUAUACAAGGUGUCGUUCAUGUGGGUAGCCCCUGUUGGAUUGCUUAUCUGUCUCGUCGUUGGUUAUGCUUCAAGCAUUGCGUGUAGUCUAAUAGCUGGAGAAUCUAAAAGUGUUCCUGAAGACUUACUGAGUCCAGUAUUAAAAUUUUUCAAGGAAAGAAAGUCUGAAAACGUUAAAAGCCAGUUCGUCGAAACACCGGAAUCAAUUGAUCUGCAAAAGUUCAAGACAGCAACUAUUGAAUAUUUUAAGCCACAGAACUUAGAUAAAUUUUAGAUUCCCCCUUUUUUUGCCAUGUUGACUCGUAUGGACUAGUCAAUGUAGUAACCUUUGUAAUGCUUGACCAUGUUAUUACAAUUUAUUUAAAUUUUAAACACAUUAAUGUCAAAUAAAUACCUUUGUGAAUAAAAAGUAAAAAACGGAAUAACAUCGUCAAAUAGCACAAACUGCAGAUUACUGCAGCACGUGUUUCGGCGUUACAAAUGGCGUUACAAGCGUGUUCGGCGUCUUUCUAAAGCCGAGAUAUGUAUCUGUAGUAAUUUGCAAUUUGUGCUAUUUGGCAAUGUUAUUUCUUUUCUUAUUUUUCCUUUUUUUACGUGAAUGUUGCUACACUUUAACCCCUUAAUAACCUCUGACUUCUUGCAAUACACUGUUUUAUACAAAAUCUUUUAAUAUUAUUUUUAAAAACACCUUUAAAUUAAAGUUUUGAAAUUUGCUUAAUUUAACUUUUUAAAGACCAUGAAAGAUCGUACCGCUUCCUUUAAAACACGUGCACAUCCUGUGAAUAUGAUGCUUUGCUCCUAUAUUACCGGGAUUAGACUAAUCAAAAAUAAGUCCCAUCCCAUUUCAAUUAAAAUUCCAGGACAAGUUAAUACUGAAAGAAAAUUCCAAAAAGUCACAGGUUAUUUUCGGGUAAUGUUCCGGCAUUGCAGGGUUUUAAACCAGCUUCCUGGCAAAAACAAGUAUUAUUCCGAACAGCUUCUCGAACCGCUACAGGCCGUUGUAUGAAUGUGGAUUUCUCUGUCCAGAAAAAACUUUUCUAGUUACCAGUAUUAGGAUGUACUGAGCUUCUUUAUGAGGUGUUUCACCUUUAGUUCAAUUGCAGUCCUUUCAGACUGACUGAGAUUAAUUGAGCGUGAAAUGCAGUCCCUGGAUAUUGUAACUGUACAAGAAGUAACGGCAAAAAAGCUGUUUGGUAUUUGCUUGCUAUUUGCGUAGAUUUGACAACAGUUUCAGGAGUUUUUAUUCUAAAUGAAGAAGAUUCCAGUUUAUUACUAUCCAACAUAUUUAAAUGUCCCUGGAAAGUUCUUGAUUCUAGAAACGUGACUCCGUUUUUAUUGAAAAUGUAUCUGAAUUCAUCGGGAAGAUUCCUGUUUAGUUUCUGGAUGGUUGCAGACAUUUUUACUUUUUCCUAGCACUAUUACCGGGAAAAAUUAGGCAAUCCAGCUACUCAUUAUUUUCCAUUAAUAUUUCAAUUUUUCUUCAGAGCAUGCUUCUUCUAUGAUUUGUCAUUAAUUAUUACCCAAAAAAUUGAUUUUGUUAUCUUGCUCAUUUUUAUCAGUUUUCCAAAAAUAAAAAAAUAAAAUAUUUUUUAAACUGUAUCCAAAUUUACUGUAGCCAAAUUCUAACAUAAACUCAUAGUCACAUUGCUCACCUUGAAGGGGAGGGAGAGAUGAGCAUUAGAAC